AACUCCGAGAGACGCAGUCGGUUUAUUUCGCUCAUCGAGAACGCGCGAAGUGAACGGAGGCCAGGGCCAAGAUGCGACGGUGCUAGCGUCGAAAUCUACCUCCCAUCACACACGCCCCCAUUCCCCUUUAAAAAAAAAAAAAAAGCUAAUAAUAAUAAAAGCACCAUGCGGAUGAUUUAAGGAGCCUCGGAGCGCUGAGAUCUGUGCGUUAUAUACUGUUUUGGAGGUUGAGCUUUGCUGCGCAGGUGCGCCGUUACGCUGCGGCAGGAUGGAGUUCAAGCAGCUGGUGGACGCGGCGGAAAAAUGGUGCUCAGGAAACCCGUUCGAGCUGAUCUUCGCCGAGGAGGUGGACGAGCGCCGGAUGGACUUCUACGCCGAGCCUGGCAUUUCGUUUUACGUGCUCUGCCCCGACAACAUGACAGGAGGUACCGACACUUUUCAUGUGUGGAGUGAGAGCGAGGACUGCCUGCCAUUCCUGCAGCUGGCACAGGACUACAUCUCCUCCUGCGGACACAAAACCCUGCUGGAGGUCCUUGACAAAGUCUUCAGAUCCUUUAGACCUCUCCUGGGUCUUCCAGACAUCGAUGACGACACGUACGAGCAGUACCAUGGAGACGUGGAGGAGGAAGCAGAGACGGACCAUCAGCAGAUGGGUGUUAGCCAAUAAUGUGCUCAGUGAGGUGAAUCGACCUUCCACGGGCCGGAGCAUUGCUUCAUUCCCCCUUGUUUUUCCUUCUUCCAAGCCAUCUACACAUUUCUACUGUUUUAUGAUAUGCACUAUGCCUCUGUCUUACACACUCACACACUCGCACCACGGCUUGUUAUAAUGCACGAUUCCAUGUUGCAAAGAGAAGCAUUCUUACUAGACCUCCCAUGUCCUUCUUGUUUUAUUUAGCAAACCCCUGCUUUGAAAAACAAAAUAUGAAAAUCAUUUCAGGUUCAUGUGUAAUGGUAUUUUUGUUGAAUGGGCUGGUAUCACAGUUUAAUGGGUCCUAAUGGUUUUAGCAGGUUAUGUGUGACUGAUUUUAGAUGUGCCUAAUGGUUUUCUAAUGGGAUUCAAAAGUCUAACGGUCUCUGAUGGUAAUAUUAUUGUAAUAAGCUGUGGUUCACUUGUGAUUUAAUGGACCUAGUAGAGACUAGUUAUAUAAUCCUGCAUUUCAGGCUGUGCGUAUGAAAACAGGAAGACAAUUACAGUUAGUUAGUAGAUACAGCUUAUGUAGUUCAAGCUAAAAAUAUUUAAUUUAGUUCAUUUAAAUGUUACAGAUGGAACAUUUUCUUUUCCUGUACUGAUAUUGACACUGAAAUCUUGAGUAUCAGCUGAUAUUGAUAUUAAUUUUUUCACGUAAAAAAAUGUUUUUAAUUUUCUAAAUUAAAAACAUUUAAUUUCUAAAUUAAUUUUACAAAAUAAAAGCAAAAUUUAAAAAACAUUAAAAUCACAACUUACAUGAAAACACGGUUUAGAUAAACGUCAAUUUAUUUAUAUUUUUAAUUUUAAAAUUAAUUUUAAUUAAUUUAUAAUUUAUUUAUACCAUAAUAAAUAAAUAUAAUACAUUAUAAAGCAUAAAUAUAAUUAAAUCAAUCCUGACAAAAUACAGUUAAGUCUCUUUAUUUGUAAAACAAUUUAAAAAAAAUCUUUUCCAAAUCCAGUUAAAGGAUCAGAUGGAAUUCUUUGUUUUUCUUCAGAAUCUGAUCCACUAUUUUCAGUAUCAGAUCAUUGCCAUCUCUGAUAAAUAUUCCCUGUAUAUAUACUGGAUCUGACAAUCUAAACAUCUAAAUAAUCGAAACAAUAUCUAACACACACUCGAAAACCAUUAAAACCAUUAGAGCUUGUGACAUUGCUAAAUGGAAACCAGCAGGUUAAUCCCAUUAGGAAGUAAACAGAUAUUUUUGGUUUUGUUUGUUUUUUGAGCAAGAAGCAUCCUGUUAUUACCAUUAAACUUAAAUUCAUUCCUAGAGCUCUCCUGAACACGAGACAUAGCUAAAAUAGCAUAAGAUGUUCCCCCAGAAAUGUGGGAAUAGUUAAACAGGUAUGUUAAAUUUAGAAUCUUAACGAUGAUGAAUAGAGCUUAUCUUUCUUGAAUGUCUGUACUUAGAGAGUCGUGAUUGAUUUUCUGGUGAAUAGGUGACGAGGUGUUGUAAUGUCGUAACGUCUGAGACCAAUCAGUGACUUCAAAAAGUCAGAGGCAAUCUAUCAAACUCUUUUGAAUGCUCAUCAUCGGCUUUGUCGUUGUAUCUCAACGUCCUUGAUCAUGUGGCCAUGGAUUGAAUAGGAAUAGUGAUCCCGGUAAAGCUCUCAGCCUGCGAUAUUUAAUGCAUAAUAGCCCUAGAUCAGAGAUAGUGUGAUUGCAUUUUCAGCUUUCUGUAAAGACAAAGUCUUCGUUUGCACUUAUGCAUCGUGCUUACGUUUCUUUUUGGUCUUCGAUAGUCUUUAAUUGUAUUAAACUAUAGCCUACUUCAGGCAUGUUUUCACACAAAUCAUGGCUAAUUAUAAGCUUCUUCCAUGAUGUUUUCCUCCCGAAUUAGGCAAAAGUAAAAAAGCCUGAGUUGAGCUUUAAUGUAUGAAGUACAAUAAGCGUGAACAUGUUCGUUUGAAGCUGCAGCUUCCUCUUCUUUUUCAUCCUCUAGUGCUGACUGAGGAAAAUAUGAUCCUCACCCAGCACUUCAUGAUUUAAAGGCACUGAACUGACUGAAGUCUGACACACCCCACAGCAAAUUCUUUCCUGGGCCGCUUGACCAAUGUGAACAGGUUAGCAGGACCAGCAGGAACAUCACAUGUUGUUCCAGGAUAUGAAGAAAGCUUAUAUGAUCCUGCUGACUUCAUAUACGUUUAGUGCUCGCUUAAUGCUGCCAUCAAAACCCCUGUAUCUCCCACACACUCACUGCUUUCAUACUGUCUUCCUCAGCAUCCAUGUACUGAAGUCUGGUGUAAGAUCAAUCGAAGCUACUCUUCUAUAGUCAUAUUUAUUUGAUCGUCCAGCUUUAGCACUCUGCGAGCUUUUGUAUAUUACAACCACCCCCACCCCCACCCCCCAGUGCAAAUCUCUGGGUAUCUACCCCAUUAAAACAACUAUCACUAUUUUACUGACUUUGAGUUUUAACUAAAGUUUGCUUAAAGAUGUAAUUUUAUAUAAGUUGUCUUGUUUUAUCCCAUGCUUUGUUAUCUGAUUUGUUUCAUCCUCAAGUUUGUGUAUGUUCCUAAAUUAAACCAUGUGGAGGUGACGUUC